GACAGUAACACACGUCCACACAGCUGAUGUUAGUUGUGAAGACGUGUACUUUUCUGCGCCUGUUUGUCCGUCUAGACAGCUCAUUCACAGCGUAAUUUAUAACAUCGCAUUUCGUCGACGUCUUUUAGCGGUGCUUGUUUCUUUCAAAAAUGGCGACAGUGGAGGAGCUGAAGCUGCGGGUGAGGGAGCUGGAAAAUGAAUUGAUAAAGUGCAAGCAGAAGCAGUGUGCCAUGGAGGAUGCUCACAGCUCGGAACUCCACAGACCGAAAAUUGACAAAAUGAGCUCCGAGGUCGUGGAUUCCAACCCAUACAGUCGUCUCAUGGCUUUGAAGAGAAUGGGGAUCGUGGAUGAUUAUGAGAAAAUCCGGACAUUCACAGUUGCUGUGGUUGGUGUCGGGGGAGUUGGCAGUGUGACAGCAGAAAUGCUCACUCGAUGUGGCAUUGGUAAGUUGCUCCUCUUCGACUAUGAUAAAGUCGAGCUGGCCAACAUGAACAGACUGUUCUUCCAGCCUCACCAGGCGGGCCUCAGUAAAGUGGAAGCAGCAGAACACACACUCAGGAACAUCAACCCAGAUGUGUCAUUUGAGACCCACAACUACAACAUCACCACAAUGGCAAAUUUUACACAUUUUAUGGAGCGCAUCAGUCACGGAGGGCUGGAAGAAGGGACGCCGGUGGAUUUGGUGUUGAGCUGUGUGGACAACUUUGAAGCCAGAAUGGCCAUCAAUACUGCGUGUAAUGAACUUGGUCAGAUCUGGAUGGAGUCUGGUGUCAGUGAGAACGCUGUAUCAGGACACAUCCAGCUCAUUAUUCCUGGAGAGACGGCAUGCUUCGCUUGUGCUCCUCCUCUGGUGGUGGCAGCCAACAUCGAUGAGAAGACCUUGAAAAGGGAGGGAGUGUGUGCUGCCAGUUUACCAACAACAAUGGGUGUGGUUGCAGGGAUCCUGGUCCAAAAUGUCCUCAAGUAUUUGUUAAAGUUUGGCACUGUCAGUUAUUAUCUUGGCUACAACGCCAUGCAGGACUUCUUCCCCACCAUGGCCAUGAAAGCCAACCCCCAGUGUAACGACAGCUUCUGCAGGAGACAACAGGAGGAGUACAAGAGGAAAGAAGCAGAGCGGCCAAAGGUUGAAGUUGUUGAGGAAGAAGAGGAAGCGGUCGUACAUGAGGACAACGAGUGGGGUAUUGAACUUGUAUCAGAGGUGACUGACGCAGAGCUGCAGGCUGCCUCAGGCACCGUGCCUGACCUCCCAGAGGGCAUCACUGUGGCUUACACCAUUCCAGCUGAGUGUGAACCAAGUGGGGAGACGGUGCAGGAAACCGAGCAGAGCCUGGAAGACUUGAUGGCUCAGAUGAGAAAGUUGUAGUUGUUGUUGUAGGCAGAAGUUUUUGGCAGAAACCUGAAGAUGCAUUUCUGCCAUUCAGAUAAAACUUUUCUCGCGUCUGUUCAUUUGCUUUCUUUGAUAACAAGCAUCCUCAAGAAAAAGCCAACUAAUUUCUAACAAUCAAAUAAUUAAUUCUUCUAGCAGCUACAGAGGAGAAAUGCAUGAAAGGUGUUGCCAAUGGCAUUUCACUUAACACAAAAAAGCAAACAAAUGUUUCAUUUGCAGACAUACCAGAAAAGUGUUGAGCACUUGGAAUUGUACAGCCUCUAAUAAAGAAGUCUAUGAACCUAGAAUAAUGUCACUGUUAGUGCAUUAACAUGUAUCACAAUGUGUAUUUUCUACGGUUUUGAUCAGUGAGUGUUGGGACCUUUUCAUGUAUGUGCUCUGUCAUUCACUCAGCUUCAACAUCCACUGCAACAGUAAUCAUGAACAAUGUUUAAGUUGUCUCAAUAAAGUAUUUAUUUGAUGGGAUACAAUCUUA